AUGUAUUGUUUUUAGACGAAAACUAGAUUUCCCUAACCCUUUCUCUGGAUGCUAUGAGUCACUUCUACAAGGCGACUUCCAUCGUCAUCCAAACCUCGACGUUCUCGUUUUUGAAGUGUUCGAUCUUUUAAACUGUAUAUAUUCAGAUUUUCGUAUACGCUUUAUCUAUGCAGAGAAGAACAUUCUCGUUUUAUCCUGAGAAAUAAGGUACCAUGGAAGCAAAACAGGAAGUGGAGCAAUCGCAGCCCAUAGUAGAGCAGGAGUCUGGUGGAAAAGAGGCUUUAUGCCAAAAGACAUGGUCCUUCCGUCACCCGUGGGCUUCACUAGCGAUAACUGUCGGUUUAUUGGUUCUCUCAUGGUAUGCAUCUUCUUUGCUUUUGUCUAUGAUGAAUAAAUGGGUAUUCUCCAAGGAUAAAUUAGAUUUUCAAUUUCCGUUGAUCCUGAGUAGCAUUCACAUGCUCAUCCAGUUUUCAUUGUCUAAAUUGACGCUGUUGGCACUUCCACAGUAUCAACCCAAACAACAAACUAAAACUAGCUGGAAAGAAUACUUUUUUCGAGCUGGCGUUUGUGCCCUUGUUACAAGUAUGGACAUUGGACUAGGCAACAUCUCGUUAGAAACAAUUACAUUGUCCUUCUAUACUAUGUGCCGUUCUUCCAUUCUAGUGUUUGUAUUUGUCUUUUCGGUCCUAUUUCGCAUUGAGCGGUUUGACUGGAUCCUUUUAUGCAUUACAUUUAUCAUCACUGGCGGUGUUAUCCUCAUGGUAGCAACCGAAACGGAAUUUGUUUUCUCAGGCUUUCUUUUUGUGAUGGCUUCAUCAAUUAUGUCCGGCCUUCGAUGGGCGUUAACGCAGAAGCUUUUACUUGACCAUCCAAUGACUUCCAAUCCGUUUACGUCUCUCAGUGCUCUCACCCCACUUAACUUUUGUAUUUUAUUUAUAGCAGGCUUAAUUUUAGAAGGCCCAAAAGAGUUUAUAACUUCUGGCAUUUGGAAGCAGCAGGGUCCCUUUAUGUCUAUCGUUUUAAUUGUUCCCGGCACACUUGCGUUUUUGAUGAUCGCUUCAGAGUUUGGUCUCAUCAAAAAAACCAGUGUUGUUACUCUUAGUGUCUGUGGCAUACUAAAGGAAAUUAUCACCAUCGUUGUGUCCACACUCUUUUAUCAUGAUAUUUUAUUGCCCAUUAAUGUCAUUGGAUUAGUUAUUACGCUGAUUGGUAUUGCAGUCUAUAACUACUAUCGAAUCGCUUUUACAAAGAGUCCUGUUCCGGAGCAGGAAAGCGAAUAUAUAGCUCUUCACGAGCGUGUAUAAUGUGUAGAAUACUAUGAGUUUAUUUAUGUUGUACGUUUUGAGGUCUCUUUCGUUUUUUAUUGCUUUUAUACUAUUAAUUCUUCUCCGCCCUUAAUGUUCCACAUUUUUUAGGUUUUUCAAUUUUUUGCGUGGAUGCUAAUUAUUUCUUAUUAAUACAAUAAAUGUUUUAUUUAGCU